UCCAGCGCACGUAGGGCUGGAGCGGAGCCGCAGGCUCCAAGGCGGAGGUCGCUGAGUCUAGGAGGAGCAGGGCGCUCCUGGGGGCGGGACGUGACGCACCUUGGCUGGGAGGCGCCAGCCCGGGCGCUCCGGCUCUCUGCAUAUAAGGGCGGUGUAGGGCGCAGAAAGCCAGAGCCUGCUGUCCCCAAGAGUCAAGCCAAGCUCGAGCGGUCUCAAAGACAAGCUCUUCUGCCACUCCCGAACCUCUGCCUUCUCUCUGCCCUGUAUCUGCUCCCGGAGCCCCUCUGCCCAAUGAAACUGGCCGCGAUGAUCAAGAAGAUGUGUCCGAGCGACUCUGAGCUGAGUAUCCCUGCCAAGAACUGCUACCGGAUGGUCAUCCUUGGCUCAUCCAAAGUGGGCAAGACCGCCAUCGUGUCGCGUUUCCUUACGGGCCGCUUCGAGGACACCUACACCCCUACCAUAGAGGACUUCCACCGAAAGUUUUACUCGAUCCGCGGCGAAGUUUACCAGUUGGAUAUACUGGACACGUCCGGCAAUCAUCCGUUCCCCGCCAUGCGGCGCCUGUCCAUCCUAACAGGAGACGUUUUCAUUCUGGUAUUCAGCUUGGACAACCGUGACUCAUUCGAGGAGGUGCAAAGGCUCAAACAGCAGAUUCUGGACACCAAGUCUUGUCUCAAGAACAAAACCAAAGAGAACGUGGACGUGCCCCUGGUCAUUUGCGGUAACAAAGGGGACCGGGACUUCUACCGCGAAGUGGAGCAGCGGGAGAUUGAGCAGCUGGUGGGCGACGACCCUCAGCGCUGUGCCUACUUUGAGAUCUCGGCUAAGAAGAACAGCAGCCUGGACCAGAUGUUCCGUGCACUCUUUGCCAUGGCCAAGCUGCCGAGCGAGAUGAGCCCCGACUUGCACCGCAAGGUGUCUGUGCAGUACUGCGACGUACUGCACAAAAAGGCUCUAAGGAACAAGAAGCUUCUGCGUGCGGGCAGCGGCGGCGGCGGCGACCACGGCGAAGCCUUUGGAAUCUUGGCGCCCUUUGCCCGCAGACCUAGCGUGCACAGCGACCUCAUGUACAUUCGUGAAAAGACCAGUGUCAGCAGCCAGGCCAAGGACAAGGAGCGCUGUGUCAUCAGUUAGAAGCCCCCAGCGUCGGUCACAAAACCUGAGGACCUUUUUUGUUCAAAAGUCAAAUUGGACUCCUGGGCUAGCCCCGCGUGCUCGGUUGCCAUGAGGGCGCCAACUGGCCUCCUCCCUCGCUUGAAGCGACCCAGCCCUGCGCACCGGGAGACGCUGCCAGACCAUUAAGGGACAGUCAUCUGUUGUGAAAGGAAAGAGAACUGGCUAAGACUGGACUCUCUCGCCACUGAUACCCAGCUGGUGCCUGCCCUCACUUCUGAGAUGCCAGGACCCAGUAGAGGGGUACUUGGCAUUUUUCUCUGAGACUUGAGAAUGAGAGUAACAUGAAGUUCAUCAGCCUGUGAGACUUCUUGUAACUGUCCUGCCUGCUGGAGGGCCAGGACCAACAAAGCAUUAUCUUGUCUGUGAUUGGUGUUGCCAUGACAGCAACCUCUGCAAACUGGAAACUUUAGCGUGAGGUUGGGCGGG